AUGUCGGGCUUCGGCACUGGUAGUGCCUUUGGGGGCUUUGGCUCCAGCAACCAGCAGCAGCCACAACAGCAGCAAAACGCUGGAUUCGGAACUGGUUCUGGUUUCGGGUCAACUGGAGGUACAGGCUUCGGAACCGGAACCUCCUCCUCACCAUUUGGCACCACAGGGAAUACUUUCGGUACUUCUGGUGGCUUCGGCUCUGGAGGAGGCUUUGGCGCUUCUAAUACACAAACGAAUCCCAUUUUCGGGGGGCAGAACAAGGGAUUUGGAAACACUUCGGCUACCGGGAGCACUAUGUUUGGGUCGGGAACAAACGCUUUCGGAAACACUGGAUUCGGAACUGGGGGCUCGUUUGGGGGUACAGGUUCGAAUACAGGAACUGGAGCUACUAUGUUCGGUUCUACCCCGGCGAAUACUCAAUCUACUGGCUUUGGAGCUGGUACUGGUGGAAGCAUUUUUGGAGGAGGCACUUCUACUACGACAGGAUUUGGCGGCAGUGCUGGAUUCGGUAGUGGCACAGCUUUGGGUGGUGCCGUUCCUCCCGCCAGCGGCACUGCGAAUCCUCCCUUCAAUGCCUUUGAAGAAAAGGAACCCAGCUCCUCGGUUACUUGCCAUUACCAGAGUAUAAGCUGCAUGCAGCCUUAUCAGAAAUAUUCAUUUGAGGAACUACGGGCCGCGGAUUAUGACCAAGGCCGUCGAUACGGCAAUGCUAGCGGCCAGGCUGGUGCAUUUGGUUCAGCUGCCUUUGGGGGAUUCCAGCAACCUGCGAGUGGCUUUGGCUCCCAAACUUCUACCCCCUUUGGUGCUGCUAGCAGUGCCCCUUCAGCAUUUGGCCAAACUGCAUCCGCUGGAUUUGGCAGUACUACCUCAAACAAUCCUUUAUUUGGAGCCACAAAACCUGCCACUUCCUUGUUUGGUCAGGCUGCUACAUCUCAGCCCAGCGCCUUUGGUACGACGACGUCCGGGUCCGGAGGGUUUGGUUCAACAACUGGCACAGCAUUUGGUGCUAGUGGCUCAACUGGUACUGGUGGUGGAUUUUUCAAUAACCAGCAGAAUAAGACCGGAUUUGGUACUGGAGGUACUGGCACAGGGUUUGGCGGAUUUGGCCAAACUGCUACAACCAGCGCUUCUCCAUUCGGAGCUACUACAUCCACUGCCUCACCAUUUGGUCAGCCGCAGCAAGGAGGGACCAGCGCUUUCGGUGGUUUUGGUCAGCAACAAAAUCAGCAAAAUAAGCCUGCGUUUGGGGGAUUUGGGGCCACCACGCAACAACAGCAACAGCAACCAGCGGGAACGGGCCUUUUUGGUGGAUCAAAUAAUACUGCUACCCCCUCUUUUGGAACCUCCCUUGGCCAACAAGGAGGCUCAUCGAUAUUUGGAAAUACGACCGGACAAAACACAACCACAGGUAACCUUUUCGGGAACCAGCAACAACAAGAACAGAAACCAAAUCUUUUUGGUAGUCUUGGGUCUGGAACUACAGCGACUGGCACCAACGCCUUCGGCGGGUUUGGCACGCAGAACCAGCCACAACAAACAUCGAGUCUUUUCGGCGGCACAAAUCAACAGCAACAGCAGAAGCCUAGUCUUUUUGGCACUUCAACCGGUCAAACUAGUAGUUUGUUUAACCCACAGCCUAAUGCCGUUUCCGCUUCGACGGGUGGAUCUUUGUUUGGCCUUGGUGGAGCCAACCAGAAUAUCCAGCAGCAGCAACCCGGGGGGCUUGGAAUUGGUAGUAAUAGCUUGUUUGGAGGGUCUCAACAGCAAGUACAACAGCAAUCCCAAGGUGCAGGCUUCCAAGCAUCUCUCCUCGAGGGUAACCCAUAUGGCAGCCAGUCUAUAUUUUCCGGCCUUCCUGCACCAAACUCGCCGUCGCCCGGGCCGUUGGCUACUCCACUCUCUGCCAGUUUAAAACAAAAACAAAGAGCACCGCUUCCCAUGUACAGGAUUUCUCCAAGUGCUGCAAAUCGCUUAAUCACACCCCCAACGCGUCAGGGAUACGGAUUCUCUUAUUCAACUUAUGGGACUCCUUCCAGUUCUAUUGGUUCGCCAGCCGGGUUGGGUAAUAGUUUGCUGAGCAGGAGUUUUAAUGGAGGGAGUCUGGGACGCAGUUUCAGCAAAAGUCUUUCUGCCAACAGUCUUCGUAGAUCUUUUGAGCCUGAAACAGAUAGUAUCCUUUCACCUGGAGCUUUCGCGGCCGGCAGCUCCAGAUACUCAAGCUCUAAUUUAAAACGUUUAACGAUCGACCGGAGUCUCAGGACCGAUCUGUUUACCCGCUCCUCGCUCUCACCGGCUACAAUCACCAAUGGCGACAGUACUCCUCAUCAACCUAGCAAGUUGAAGAAAAGAGUGAGCUUUGAUUCUCCCAUUGACAAUGACAAGGCUAUCUCAAAGACUGAUGGAGCUCUCGUUCGCAUCGAAACUGAAACAUCCGAGCCAACUCCAGCGCAACUAGGCUUUUUGCGAUCUUCUAAGGAUAAGGCCCCAGCCUGCCAGCCGAAUGGUAUCAAAGGAAGUGAUGUUGUCAACGGACUCCCUGAUAGCGGCCCCUCGUCAUCCAGCAGUGCGCCAGAGAUGGAGGAAAUUAAAGGCAAAGAGCUCGCCAUUGUUCCUGGAGAUCGCGAACAACAAAAGCCCGCAACCCCAGAAUCCUCAGGUGUCACCAAGGCUAAGGUCGAUAAACCUGAGAUAUAUUGGAUGAAGCCUUCGCUUGAAGAGGUCAAGAGAAUGACGCGGGAGCAACAGAAGCGAGUGGCAAAUCUUACUGUCGGCCGCGAUGAAUAUGGCUCCGUUUCGUUCAAUGCGCCGGUUGAUCUCACAACUAUCGACCUCAAUGACCUUAUGGGAAAAAUUGUCAACAUUAACUUACGUUCCAUUACUGUGUACCCUGAUGAAGGUAUUAAGCCUCCCCAGGGUAAAGGCCUAAACGUUCCAUCCACUCUGCGCAUUGAAAACUCCUGGCCUCGCGGUCGAGAGAAUCUAGCUCCAAUACCGGCUAAUGCCAUCUACUUUGAUAAACAUGUUGAACGUUUGAGGCGAAUUACAAACACCGAAUUUGUCGAUUAUAAAUGGGUGGGCGGAGUAUGGACUUUUAAAGUUCCCCACUUUACUACUUACGGACUUGAUUAUGAUGAUGAUGAUGAUGACGAUGAAGGUGAGAGUCACGAUCAAAGCACAGUUGGUGCUCACCCUGACAUGGUCACUCCAAAGGCUCAGACUCCCCAUCGUCCCGACUCCGAAUUUACUACCUCAACAAUCGGCAUUGACGAGUCGUUCGACGAUUCCACCAUGGGGAUUGAAGAUGACACAUUUGAAUUUAAAAAAAGAGGAUUAUUUCCCGGGGGGUUUAUGAAUCAGGUUACAGGUGGUAGACUGGAUAUGUCUGAAUCUGACGAAGAGCGAGGGUCUUUUUUAGAGGAGCGCUCCGUGGGUUCGGGUUCUGAACAGGGAUACGUUGAAGAAAGUGAUGGUCAUAGUACUGUCACGUCUGAACCUGAAUUAGAAAAGGAUGAGACAAUGCACAUGGCUGGUGCAUUUCCCUUCCUUGACUACACCACGGAGCGAUCUAUUCUUCCAGUCAGUCCACAGAAGUCGAACCUUGGACGCUCGCAGAUUGAGAGCACGGGUGAAAUACCCUUGAAUUUGAAUGGUAAUUGGGCAGAACAAUUACAGCGCACCAUUAGCCCGCGAAAGCAAGACAGAGAGGCGUUACGGGAAAUGCAAAAUAAUGCAUUUGCAAACCGAUUAGAUGCAGAGAAUACACCCAAGGCAAUGCCUACAGAGACGGACAAGGGAUUUAUCACUAGUAUCGAUCUAAUGAACUCGCUUUUUCGGCCACGAGAGAGUCUGAGAAAGGCCCAGGUGCUGAAGAGUCAGAAUGGCUUCGAGUGGCCAUAUAUUCAGAAGCCGAAAACAUUUGCCGGAAAACCAGGUGAUAUGUCUGAAGCUGACUUGAGCUUUCAUAAUUCCUUCAAGCCAAGAUGGGCUACUCAAGAUAUUCUAGCUCUGCGUAAUGACCAUGCCGAUGUGCCUGACAUUCUGCUGCAUAAAGUUGAACAAUGGAAAGAGGACCUACAACCGCUGAUCCUACAAAAAAGUCUCUCAUCCAUUAAACUUGUGGAUGGCAUCCCAUUUGCAAAUCUAACCGAUGCCGAUUUUCUCCUAUUUAUAGGCAGUAUUCAGGGUGAUUCCCCUGAAAGUGAGCUAGAAAGGCGAGUUUGGCAGCUGGCGUACAUCCUCUUUGUUGAUGAUAUUCAGGACGAUAUAUCUGCGGGAGUUCCGGAUCAUUUACAGAAACAAUACCUUCAUCGCAUAAAAAAGGAUCGACUGGGUUUGUUGUUGGAAACAAUGAUCCGCCAAUGUCAUCCUGAUAUUGAGAACAUUCCGAGUCCAGAGGAACGUGCAAUAGCAUUUCUUUGCUCUCACAGGGUUGAUGAUGCCUGUAGGACAUUGAUUGAGAGUGGGAAUCCACACUUAGCUACCCUAGUAUCUCAAAUUGGGCGGGAUGCUAUUUUUCAGAAAGACAUGAAAGACCAAAUUGACUCGUGGCGAAGCCACAAUGUACUUUCAGAAAUGACGGAACCCAUUCGAGCUCUUUAUGAGCUGAUUGCCGGUAACUGUCUACGCAGCGAAGGGAAGCCAAAUGUACCUAUUGAGGAUCGAACGUCGACCUUUAAUAUCUCUGAACGGUUUAACCUUGACUGGAUCCAAGCCUUCGGCCUUCGAUUAUGGUACGGAAUCGGUGAAAACGACCCUAUUGAAGCUGCUGUUGCUCUUUUCAACCAUGACAUUAAUAAGGGUGGUGAGCCGGCUUUCCCGUCUGCAUUGCGUAGUCACGAUUCUCAGAAAUCCAAGUCAUAUGCCGACCUAUUGACACUGGAGUCUCCCCUCUGGGUGAUCUUAAAAGUCUUUGCGUCUUCAAUGUCCGGCGGAGAAAAUCCCGACAUCGGACCAAUUCGCCUUCCAGAAGAUCUUAUGCCUGAAGCUGUCUGUGGUCAUGCAUUACACCACCGCCUUUCGUUUCAAUUACUUCACCACAUACGCAAGGCAAUGGGUGGAUCUAGAGUCCUCAGCGUGGAUGAUCAUUGUGUUGACCAGCUCACGCUCAAUUAUGCGUUGGAAAUCGCAAGUGCUAACGAGUAUGGACCGGCAAUUUUCGUACUUCUACAUCUCAGCUGUGCUGCAGAUCGUGAAAAGGGCAUUAAAGAGAUGCUAUGUCGUUUUGCUUCCUGGCUUCCUACUCCAAUUCUCGAAAAUGGCUCGCAAAGUAUUAUGUGGAAAUACCUUACCGAGGAGCUCAGGGUUCCUGCUUCUUGGAUAUGGGCUGCCAAGGCGCUGUUUGCGCGCGCAAAAGGCAAUCCAUCAGCGGAGGUUGAGUAUCUCGUCAAUGCUGAACAUUGGGAUGAGGCGCACGAUACGUUCUGUAGAAUUGUAGCCCCGAGGGCUAUCAUCCAGCGCGACUACGCUACUUUGAAAACAAUAAUUGAUGCGUUUGGCAAAGAUCCGGAGACUAAUAUCCGGAGAUGGUCCCAUGAAGGUGGCAUGUAUCAGGACUUUUUGCUUUUGGUGGAAGUCCCUGGGAUUCGAAAAGAUCAGACCAUCUUAAAACGGCUGGUUGGGACACUGAUUCACAUUGGAGAGAAGACCGACAAAAUUGCAUCGACGACAUUUGAGGAAAAGAUUGCUUUUCGAGAAAUUGGCCGGUUGGUUGCUGGAUGGUGCACAAAUGAUACAGGCAAUGUAAGCUGA